CUUGGCGUCGUCGGAAAUGGCAUUAACGUCGUCGUACUCUCCAGCCCCAAGUUCAGGGACACGACGAGUUUCCUCCUGCUGAGCCUGUCGGUGGCUGACUUUUUCGCCUCGGUGACCGAAUUGCUUUUUAGGCUCCCGAAUGUCAUCAUGUACUUUCAGCUCAGGCUGGCAGAUGCCGUGUUUUGUUUUUACAUGACGUACAUCUACUUUUGGAAUCUUCACUUUGUGUAUGUCAGUAUUUUUUAUGUAUCGUUGGUAGCUGUUGAGCGCAUGAUUGCAGUUUGUUUCCCAUUUCAUGUUGCGAGCCUGGUGACUAUGUUCCGCGUAAAAUUUAUCACCGUUACGGGGUUCAUGUUUUACGCUGCACUGUUCUCUCCUAACCUAAACAUGCUGUACACCAUCCGAUCUUACGACAGAAACAAUGAAACAAGCUUAAGAAUGGCUUAUACAGAUUUCUACAAAGAAAAUUAUGAGCUCCUAAUUGUUUACAGACAAGCUGUCUCGAUACUCUUCGUUUACGCACUUCCGAUUCUAACAAUAACUGUGUGUACUGCGAUGGUAACAAGCGCCAUGGCUUUGAACUGGAGAAAUCUAAAGAAACUCUCUUCAAGCCAUUCGGCUAAAAGACUUAAGGAAAUGAAGUCAUCAAAAACUGCGCUGUGUGUUUGCCUUUCGAUGGCGGUCUUUAUUUUAAUACCAUCAUUCGUCUUCGAUAUGCUGAGUGUGUUUAGAGAAGACUUAUUCCCUCAAAAUAGAAACAGAUCAACUGUUAUAUACUAUGCGAUGACGUUGAUUUACGAGUUGAACUCCUUUUUAAACUUUAUCAUUUACGUCGCCACUAGCUCCAAAUUUGCCAGAGAGUUUAAGGAAUUAUUU